UACUUUCUCGUGUAUUGCACCUCUUUCUUUCUCCGUCAAUUCAUGCUGCAAUGGCCGAUUACUCAAAUCAAAAUCGUGGUCAGGAAGACGACGAAGACGAAGAAGACAUCGAUGAGACUGGCUACAAAACCAUCAAAGAUGCUGUUCUUUUCGCCAUUGAUGUCAGCUCGACCAUGCUUAUGAAGCCCCCACAAGGAGAUUCAAAAAAGGCUGAUCGCGAUACUCCCACAAUUGCAGCUCUGAAAUGUGCCUAUUCUCUGAUGCAGCAACGCAUCAUCUCUAACCCAAACGAUAUGAUGGGCAUUCUCCUCUUCGGAACUGAAAAAUCUCGAUUUCAGGAUGAGGAAGGGACCUCAAAAGGACUGUCAUAUCCUCACUGCUACCUCUUGACCAACUUGGAUGUUCCGGGAGCCAGAGAUAUCAAGCGUCUACGUGAUCUGGUCAACGAUGAAGACGAAGCCAAGGAACUCCUGCAACCUUCGACUGAGUCCGUGUCGAUGUCGAAUGUCUUGUUUUGUGCAAACCAGAUCUUCACCACAAAGGCUCCCAACUUCUCGUCACGACGCUUGUUCCUUGUCACCGAUAACGAUGCUCCACACAAUGAUGACAAAGCCCUGAGGUCUGCCGCGGCGGUCAGAGCAAAGGAUCUGUAUGACUUGGGCGUGACUAUUGAGCUCUUCCCCAUCUCAAGUCCGGAGCAUACAUUCGACCGUUCCAUCUUUUACAAUGAUAUUAUCUACAGCGCCAUUCCAUCAGAUCCAGAUGCUCCUGCCCCUGUCACCAAGGCCUCUAGGGCCUCUGCCAGUGGUGACGGUCUUACCCUGUUACAGUCACUUUUGUCAAACAUCAAUUCAAGAUCCGCCCCAAGACGUGCCUUGUUCUCUAACAUGCCUUUUGAGAUUGGUCCGGGCCUCAAAAUCUCCAUCAAAGGGUACAUCAUCAUCAAACGACAAGAGCCCGCCAGAAGCAGUUACGUCUAUAUGGGCGGAGAAAGGCCUCAGCUUGCUGUCGGCUCAUCCACCCUCCAGGCAGAAGACACAGCAAGAUCAGUGGAGAAAGUCGAGAUCCGGAAAGCAUACAAAUUCGGAGGCGAGACUGUUUCCUUUACGCCAGAAGAGAUUGCAGAGGUCAAACACUUCGGCGAUCCUGUGCUUCGCAUCAUCGGCUUCAAGCCCCUGAGCAUGCUGCCUAUCUGGGCCAAUCAUCGCCCGUCCACAUUCAUAUAUCCCUCCGAAGAGGAUGUCAUUGGUAGUACGAGAGUGUUCUCUGCGCUACAACAGAAGCUUCUCAAAGAUCAGAAGAUGGGUCUCGCUUGGUACAUACCUCGACGUAACGCAACCCCCACUCUUGCUGCUGUUAUCCCAGGUGCAGAGAGCCUUGACGAAGACGGAGUACAGGUCAUGCCGCCAGGCUUGUGGAUCCAUGUUCUUCCCUUCGCGGACGACGUUCGCCAGGUGCCUGACACAACGGUCGUCCAAGCACCUGAUGAACUGGUUGACAAAAUGCGCACGAUCGUUCAACAACUACAAUUACCAAAGGCCGUCUACGACCCCAAGAAGUAUCCGAACCCCUCUUUGCAAUGGUUCUACCGUAUCUUGCAAGCUCUUGCGCUCGACGAAGACUUACCAGAGAAGCCCGAAGACAAGACGCUACCACGCUACCGUCAAAUUGACAAACGGGCAGGAGAGUAUGUCAUCGAAUGGGGCUCUGAGCUUGAGACACAGUACGAGGCCUGGAAGAAAGCAAAUGCUGGUCGUCACACUGCUACAGGUGCGACUAAGCGUGGCUCGACAACGGCAGGUGAAGGUGGUAAGAGAGCCAAACCUGCUGCUAAUGGUGCAGCUUCAAAGUCGAGUGAUAGUAUCAGCGACGAGGAUAUGCGAAAAGCCUUUGAGACGAACAAGAUCAACAAGCUCACAGUCGCGGUCCUCAAAGCUUGGUGCAAAGAAAAGGGGGUCAAAUUAGCGGCUACAGCAAAGAAAGGCGACGUGGUUGAUGAAGUCACGAGCUACUUCGAGAACAAGAUGAACCUCUCAUGAGUGUCUUUCACGGGCUUUUAGGAGCAUACAGAUAUCUGGUCAGGGAGAACGAGUUGUCAUCCAAGCAAGUGACUAUACUUUAGCUUCACGGUGGGCAGCUCCCUGCUAGAGCCCUUGCUUGGUAGCUAUCAGUAUGACGAAUGCAUGAGUUACGUGAUCAUAAGGCCACCCAAUCGUCUCAAGUAUAUUCCUGCGAAGGCCAUCAUAUAUAGUGACCCCUAGUUCUCGACAAAAACGCAAGGCCAACGAGAAUCCAGCAAUGAGUUGACUUGUUUCCGUGCACGGGUCAUUUCUUACAUGACCAGAAGCGACGACGGAUGUUGACUCGCAAAAUUUGGAUUGCAAACAGGCAAGGGCAAAGAACUUUGCGAUUGGUGCCUGCUUUGUCGAGCGCCAUUCUACGAAACACGGUCACUGAGCGCAAAGAAUUGACACAAUUUUGACUUCAAUUCCAG